UGCUUCCCUUUCCCUCGUGCGUCGAUGCGAUUAUAAUUGACGUAAUCAAAAAGCGACGCCGUUUCUGCGCAUUUUCCGUUUGCUAAGCUACUGGUUGACAGACGAAGGACACUUGACUACCCCCCUGGAGAGAGACAUUGUUCCUUUGAGCACGGAGGGGUCUGAGUGAAGGUUGAAAGAUGGUCUGAUGGACCGCUGCUUCUUCCUGACCUUCCUCUGUUGCUCACUGUCGUGGAUCUUCUUCUGGGAAGUGCGCUGGAAGAAAGGAAAAGAGAGUCAGAUUGAGGAAUGGCUCCAAGAACAUAGCCUCUCUCAAUACAGACAUUUAUUUGAAGAUGUACAAACGUUGGAGGAACUAAGUCUGAGUGUACUGAGUCGUCUGGAAGAGGUGGUGAAGGAACAGCAGUGCUGGAGGGAAAUUGCAGAGGCCCACAUCCAGCUGCUCCGAGACUUUGCCUUCCAGGAGUGGCUUUGUUCCCAGAACCUGGAGCACUACUACCAUACACUGAAGACCUUGGGUUAUAUGAAUCUGGAUGAUCUGUCUCAGUUUGACAGUCAACUGCAGCUGUCUGUAGCUGCCUGGGGCUACUACUACGAAGACUACAUAAGGUUGUCUACAGGCAUCAAGAUCUUCCAGACAUCCAGGGGGAAUCGUGACCAGGACUACGAGAUCCGGCUGGUGCACAGUCUUGCUGAGAGGCGUCUGAAUGAGAAGUGGUCAAUUGCGGGAGCUCUCAUAUUUGGCUGUACUGUGGCGCUGUGCUUUUUGAUAAGGGACCUCAUGUUUUACGUGAUUGGUGGAAUUACUGUUUCCAUCAUAGCGUUUGUCUUUACCAUCAAGUUCCUCUGUGAGCUUGCAGCGAGGGUGGUUAGCUUCCUGCAGAAUGAGGAUCCAGGGCGACGCGGUGACCGCAGCAUCUACGACUAUGUCCGGGGCAACUAUCUGGACCCACGUUCCUGCAAGGUGUCUUGGGAUUGGAAGGAACCGCAGGAAGUGGGGCAGACUAUGAGCUUUAGAGUCCAGCUGUUCUAUAAGAAUGGCCAGCCUUUCCCAGCCCACCGGCCUGUGGGACUGAGAGUCAACAUCACCCACAUUGAAUUGGCUCUGGACAUCCCUGUUACACAGGAGGUUCUGCAAGAACCAGAGUCCAAUGUAGUCAAAGUAGCCUUCACAGUGCGAAAGGCUGGACGCUAUGAGGUUGCCGUCAAGCUGGGUGGCCUCAAUGUGGCCUACAGCCCUUAUUAUAAAAUAUUUCAGCCAGGUACAGUUGUCCCAUCAAAAACCAAGAUAGCCUACCAUUUCUCCACCCUGGUGCUAACAAAUGGCCAACAGCACACUUUGCAGAUUGAACCCAGGGAUGAGUAUGGAAACCCCACCAGUAACUCCACAUCUCUCACAGAUGAAACCAACUACAGUGUCCAUGUGCACUCUCUGGGCACGGUGGAUGAUGACAGUCUAGAGGAAUACUACAGUAAGUCAGUCUCACUCAACAAGCAGCAGUGCCAGGUCCUGCUGAGACUGACCCUGAAGAGGACGGGUUGUUUCAGGGCCCGCAUUUCCUACAAGGACCAGCCUCUCAGCAAUGGGGAAUUUGACAUUAUUGUUCUCAGUGAGAAUGAGAAGGCCUGUGUGGAGAAGAAUGUUUCCACUCCAGGCAUAAGUAUCUACUUUGAGGCUUACCUUUACAGCAGUGGGAACUACAGCAGUUCUUCAUGGCAGUUACCAGCCUCCUCUUUGCUAGCACCCCAGAGAAGGCCCUCCAUGGGAGAAGAGGAGGACGAGCAUGACUCUCCUGUGGAGGGACAACCUGAGAAGGUCAAGAAACCAAAAAAGGUCUACUGUUACAUAUCGCCAAAGCAACUAUCCGUGAAAGAGUUCUACCUGAAAAUUAUUCCGUGGCGCCUUUUCACCUUUCGAGUAUGUCCAGGAACAAAGUUUACCUACUAUGGUCCUGACCCGGUUCACAAGUACCUAACUCUAGUGGUGGAUGAUGGGAUACAGCCUCCUGUGGAGCUCAGCUGCAAAGACAGGAACAUCAUGGCUGCCACCUUCAUUCGCUUCCUGCACAAGAACAUUGGUGGCUCAGAAACCUUCCAAGACAAGGUGAACUUCUUCCAACGUGAACUCAGGCACAUCCACUCCAAGAGACCUCGCACCAAGACCUGCCUAAAAAUCACUCGACACGCCAUUCUAGAUUCAUCCUUGAAGACUACAAGGAACUUCUCAGUGUCAGACUGGAGUAAGAACUUUGAGGUCGUCUUUCAGGAUGAGGAAGCUCUGGACUGGGGCGGACCUCGCAGAGAGUGGUUUGAGCUGAUUUGUAAGACCCUCUUCGACACCUCCAACCAGCUGUUCACCCGCUUCAGUGACAACAACCAGGGCCUUGUACACCCAAAUCCUGACCGGCCAGCCCAUCUGCGUCUAAAAAUGUAUGAGUUUGCAGGCCGUAUCGUAGGGAAGUGCCUGUAUGAGUCUGCACUCGGUGGAGCCUACAAACAGCUGGUACGAGCUCGCUUCACACGCUCCUUCUUGGCCCAGAUCAUUGGCCUCAGGAUGAACUACAAGUACUUUGAGACAGACGACCAGGAGUUCUACAAAACUAAAGUCUGCUUCAUCCUAAACAAUGACGUGAGUGAAAUGGACCUGGUGUUUGCUGAGGAGAAGUACAGCAAGUCAGGACAGCUGGAGAAGGUGGUGGAACUGAUAUCAGGGGGAGCUCAGAUUGCCGUUACCAAUGAAAACAAGAUGCAUUAUCUCAACCUGCUGGCCCAGUACAGACUGGCCAGCCAGGUGAGAGAUGAGGUGGAACACUUCCUGAAAGGUUUGAACGAACUGGUUCCAGAAAACCUGCUAGCCAUAUUUGAUGAAAAUGAGUUGGAGCUGUUGAUGUGUGGCACCGGUGAUAUAAACGUGCAGGACUUCAAGGCCCAUGCUGUGAUUGUCGGAGGGUCGUGGCACUUCAGAGAGAAAGUGAUGAAGUGGUUCUGGGCUGUGGUGUCCAGCUUCACUCAGGAGGAGUUGGCUCGUCUGCUGCAGUUCACCACCGGCUCCUCUCAGCUUCCCCCUGGGGGUUUCAACACCCUUUGCCCCUCCUUCCAAAUCAUCGCUGCCCCCACACACAGCACCUUGCCCACUGCACACACGUGUUUUAACCAGCUGUGCCUCCCUACCUAUGACUCCUAUGAGGAGCUGCAUAAGAUGCUGAAGCUGGCCAUCAGUGAGGGAAGCGAGGGCUUCGGCAUGCUCUGAUUCUCGCAUCAGUGGCACUGUGGUUCCAUGUGUACAAGAGGAGAUGAACACUGUCCACUCUGGUGUCCAGUUCCCUGCAUUCAUCUACGUUCAACAGUGGGCUUCUUAGCACAGGAUCACCCAGACUCUCCCCUAUAACUACGCUCUCAGGAUGAGAGGGCGUUACUGGAAGUCCCUGAAGGUUGUUCUCAAACCAGGACUCAAUGAAAUGAACUUCAGUGCUACUGUAUGUAUAUAAAACAUCUCGCUUUUGUAAAAAAACAAACAAACAAAAAAAAAAAAACAGGACGCUAGGAACUGCUGAAAAAUGUGAGGUUUUGGCUAGUUUUAUUUCUUAAUGCUAAAGUGUGCUUAGUUUUAUAUGUUUGAAAGACAUGAUGCUAGAGCAAAGGCCUUGAGUAUUAUUGUAUAACUGCUUCUUUUGCAUUUUGCAAACUGAGGAACACUUAAGUGCAACAGCAGCCUACAUGAGAUGUGGGUGACGCGUGCAUCUACAGCACUUUGGCCUUAAUCGAUCAGGGACUGAUGUGUGUAUGUAAAUAUAUAAUAUCACUCUUUUAUUUCAAUACUUGUAUAUAGUAGUGUGUAUACAUAGGUUUUCAUCUGGUUACCUUUUUGAUUUGACCUUUGAGGAAAAGGGAUUAAUGUAUUGUUGCACGGUUGAUGGGUUGAGAGUUUAUAUAAUUUCUAUAAGCUUUUUUUUUUCUUUCAGAAAUGAAUGGGUUUUAAAAGAAGCCAAGUAAUUUCUAUUGUUUAUACAUGUUUUUAACUUAUUGUGUCUUGAAAAAUUAUUUGUGUUGAACCCUACUGUUUAAAAUGUGUUCGUCUGGAACGGGAUAAUGUUUUUGUUUUUGUUUUAUAACCUGCCUUAUUCAUGCCCUUUGCCUCUGAUUGUAUCCAGAGAGGUGCGUAGGUGAGAGAUGUGUCAUCGACAGGUAAUAGAUAUAUUAUGACAUUUGUAGUGAAUGCAGGGGUCACUGUGGAUGUGAGUGCUGGUUGGAUGCUGUGGAGAACCUGUAUAUAACAAACAUUUUGUUAUAUAUGCUGUAUGCUUUUUCCCUUUUCAUUCACAGCCUUUUAUGGGUUUACCUCAGAAUCUCCUAUGCCACCUUUGCAUCUUCUGACACAAGUGUAUAUGUGUUCAAACACAUGUACAGUGAAGCAUACACUUACUGUUUGUUUAUAGUUCCCUCCUUCCAGUCCUGACUGUACAACAUUUAGCCAUAUUAUCCCACAUCCUCAGUAAACCGAAGCAUUAUAUCAGUGGCAAUGCUGUCUUUUAUGUUAUUGUAAAACUAUUUAUCUCUAAUGCUAUGUUAGUACUGUCAAUAUCCUGAGCCAACAGAGUUGUUUUUUUUUGUUUGUUUGUUUGUUUUUCCUGUUGAUAAUUGUGCAACAGUUCCUUUUCUGUUCCAGAGUUUACAUGCUCAUUGGCUAUUUCGUUAUAGUGUGUGCUAACAGGCAGAGUUUUUGCAGAGCAUUUAGGAAAACUCAUGUUUAGACUUGGAGGCAAAAUGAAAACUUGAAUGGAUGAUUCUUCUCGAAUAGUUUGAGUCGAAUACCUUCAUGUUCCGACACGCAGCACUCUUCAUGCAGUUUCUCUUCUGGACAUUAUUUUCACAGUAGGCAGUACAAGUUUGACUGUGCCACUAAGGGAUUUAACUUCGUUGUUAUUGAAUGGCGAAGAUGUCACAUUUUGACUGUAGUUGCUGCAAGUUGGGAUCAACUGGAUCGCAUUAGCUGGCUUUUUACAGUGUUAAGAGGUUUAUGGAUUUGUGUUCGUUUGGGUUGUGCAAUGUUGACCUGGUGUACCGAGGAGAGCAGUGAAAAUGUGCUUAUAAAAAUGUUUCAUUAAGGAUGUGUUUUCGGCACCAAUACCAAUGGCUGAUGUCAUCAUGUUUAUCUGAAGUAAAGGUCACUGAAGCAUUACAUGUGUUAGUUGUCCCAUUAGAUACAACCAUUAUAAACAAAUAUGAAGGAGGUCUUUCCUGUAGUUUAAUGUUCUUGUUUAAUGUUUUGUUUUUCAUGAGCAUCUGCUACUCUGUUUUAUGUUUGGGUUGUUUCUGGGUUACGUGAGUGUGACUUUUAGCAAUGUAGAUGUUGUGAAAUAUUUGCCUAUGACUGAAGCUGGGGUACUUUUUUCUUUUGUUUUUUUAAUGGCAAGUCUUUGCUGAUGAAUGUUUGAGAUUCUCUGCACUGCAGGCCCUUUGUUUAUGGGAAUAAAAAAAUGAUGGACUAAA